AAACGUAGUUGAACCUCGCCUCUGCAUAUAAUAUGCAAUAUAUCCCUACAAAUUUUACAAAUUUUUAAAUGUAAAUGAUAAGGUUAAUUUUUAUAUUUUGGAAAUGGAAACAUACGUUUGUAUAAUUUGUGGAUCUACUUAUUCCUCUUCCUCAUUUAAAUAAUUUUAUAAUUCCCUUUCACAUGAAUGAACAUGUUCAUACUGUAAGCAUUCAAUUCGAUUCCAAGCCAAUGAAAUUCAUCAUGUCCACCGCAACACCACUUCUCACACCCCGCCACGUGGCAGUCAUCGGAGCCGGCGCCGGAGGCUUAGUAGCAGCACGCGAGCUCCGACGAGAAGGACAUCAAGUAGUAGUCUUCGAGCGAGGAGAAGAAUUGGGCGGUUCAUGGGUCUACACUUCAGAGGUAGAAUCCGACCCACUCGGUUUGGACCCGAACCGGAAGCUUAUCCACUCGAGCCUAUACAAUUCACUCCGAACCAAUUUGCCUCGGGAGAGUAUGGGUUUCCGAGAUUACCCUUUUAGGAGGAAAGAAGAGAAGGGGAGAGAUUCUAGAAGGUUCCCGAGUCAUGGAGAGGUAUUGAUGUAUUUGAAGGAUUUUGCUGCGGAUUUUGAGAUUAGUGAUUUGGUGAGGUUGAAGACAGAGGUGGUGUUUGCUGGGGUGGGUGAAGGUGGAAAAUGGACGGUGAGAUCUAGAUCAGUGGAGAGAGAAUGUGUGGAUGAGAUUUAUGAUGCUGUUGUUGUUUGCAAUGGACAUUAUUUUCAACCAAGACUUCCCAAUAUUCCUGGUUAUUUUCACUUCUCUUGCAUUAAUGCAUGGCCAGGGAAGCAAAUGCAUAGCCAUAAUUACAGAACACCCGAGCCCUUUCAAGAUCAAGUUGUAGUUCUAAUUGGUGGUGCUGCCAGUGCGGUUGAUAUUUCUCGAGACGUGGCAACCGUUGCUAAAGAAGUUCAUAUUGCAGCUAGGUCUGUUGAAGAAGAUAAGCUUGGAAAGUUACCUGGCCAUGAUAACAUGUGGCUUCAUUCUAUGAUUGACAGUGUUCAUGAAGAUGGUGCAGUGGUUUUUAAAGAUGGAAAUGCAGUUAUCGCUGACUUCAUUGUACAUUGCACAGGGUACAAGUAUGAUUUUCCUUUCCUUGAAACCAACAGCGUGGUGACUGUAGAUGACAAUCGUGUUGGACCACUCUACAAGCAUGUUUUUCCACCGGCGUUAGCUCCAUGGCUUUCCUUUGUUGGGUUACCUUGGAAGGUUGCUCCCUUCCCUUUGUUUGAAUUGCAGAGUAAGUGGAUAGCUGGAGUUUUGUCUAAUCGCAUUGCCCUUCCUUCAGAAGAGGAGAUGACUAAAGAUAUUGAAGCUUUUUACUUGUCACUUGAAGAAUCUGGCAUUCCUAAGAGGCACACUCAUAAUAUGGGCACGGGCACGGCCGAUGUUCAGUGGGACUACAAUAACUGGCUUGCAGAUCAGUGUGGUGUUCCUGCUAUGGAAGAAUGGAGAAGGCAAAUGUAUAUGGCUACAUCGAAGAACAGGCUCUUGCGACCUGAGACUUAUCGUGAUGAGUGGGACGAUGAUGACAUUGUUCAACUAGCUGAGCAUGAAUUUGCUAAGUAUCAGAUAUAAUGUUGUAUUGUUUUGAGAUUUACCAAGUACAAGUCAUUCAUGCGUUAUACGCCUAGUUCAGUGUUAUUCUUAACGAUCAAAAAUCAGCUUUAAAGUGCAAAUAAGAAUGUAAAUUAUAUAUGUUUGGAAUACUUUCAAUAAUUCAUUAAUGAACAUGUGAUAAUGAUGUGA